AUGGGUGUCAAAAAACAAUCUAAUAAAAGCAACGAAUCUUGGAGUCUUUAUAGUUUUGCUGAUAAAGUUGAUAUUCAGCUAAUGGUUAUUGGAUUGGUCUUAGCACUUAUUCAAGCUAUUCUUUUACCCUUUGUAUGGCUUGUGAUGGGCGAUUUCGUCUCACUUUCAAUCGUUCGUGAGCAGUAUAAAAUGGAGAAGACGAAACAUUUCGAAUCAUUUGAAUCGAACAAAAUUGGAAUUAGCUUAAAUAGUAAUAACAGUUUUGAUCAAUUUAAUUUUACCACAUUGUCCGAUGCUUCAGUGCAACAAUCUCGAAUAGAUGCUCAAUUUGAAUAUUCUGCUACACCUGCUUUCAUCAUGAUGUUAUCAUUGUCGGUAGCUACAUUUAUUGCUGCUUUUUUUCAGCGCUUAGCUUGGGAAGUAUCUGGUAUCAGACAAGUUUUCCGAGUUAAAAAAGCUUACAUACGAAAAUUAUUGCACAUGGAUGUGGCAUGGCUUGAGUCUCGACAUUCCGGUCAAGUAGCUUCGAUGCUUCAUGAUCACGCAGAUUCGAUAUAUCAAGGUAUUGCUGAUCACGUUCCUAUGGUUAUCUUCAUUUGCGCAUACUUAUUAGUUACGUCAUCCGUGUGUUUCUACAUUCAAUGGGAUGUAACCUUAGUAAUGUUCGCUGCAUUACCAUUACUUAUUGGAACAAGGCUUAUUUUUAGCAAAUGGUUUUGUAAAACUCGCGAUGAAGAACAGAAAUUAUUAGCAAAAAUGACAAAUUUGGUGCAAGAGACAUUCUCAUGUAUACGAGCUGUUAUAGCAUUUGCUGCUCAAAAACAAACAAUCAGCAAGUAUGAACGAUUGACAAUUGAGCUGAACCGAAUGACAGAACAGCGUCUCACUGCAUCAUCUAUUUAUGAUGCACUUGCACAGGUUCUAUUAACUGAAUUCAUUUUUACUGCUGCUCUAUGUUAUGGUAUGUGGCGUGUUAAUGAUGCUAAUCCAGGUCGUCUUGCUGCGCUAGCGAUCAACAUGUUGUAUAUGUGCGUCACAUCAAUUAGCAUUGGUUUUCAUAUGACUGGUGCAUCUACUGCUCGACAAAAUGCUAAUGAAAUGAAUGCAAUCCUGGUUGAAACACCAAAUAUUGAGUGUUAUAUCAAUAAACAUAGUGAAAGUAUGUUAGCACCACGUGGAAAUGGCGCUAUUGAAUUCAAGGAUAUUAGUUUUGCAUAUCCAAGCAGACCGGAUAUUGAGGUACUGAAAGGUGUAUCGUUUACUGUAUCAGCAGGUGAGCAUGUCGCAAUUGUUGGACCAAGCGGAUCUGGUAAAAGUACAAUAACGGCGCUUAUGUUGCGAUUUUACGAUCCGAUCAAUGGAACUAUCACAUUAGAUGGUGUCAAUUUGAAGCGACUGAAUCCGGACAAUUUAAGAGCUCAGCUUGGUUUAGUCAGUCAGGAACCAGUACUCUUUGAUGGUACUAUAAGUGAUAAUAUUCGAUAUGGGCGCUUAAAUGCAACACAAGCAGAAAUUAAUGAAGCAGCUCGAAAAGCAGAAGCUUGGCAAUUUAUAUGUGCCUUACCUGAAGGCAUGAAAACUCGCGUUGGUGACAGAGGAUUACAACUAUCCGGUGGUCAAAAGCAACGUGUGGCUAUUGCACGUGCAGUAAUACGUGAUCCAUCCGUGAUGAUAUUUGAUGAAGCAACAUCAGCACUGGACACGAAACACGAAGUUGACGUGCAAAGAGCUAUCGAUGCAGCAAGUCAAGGUGUCACUACGAUCACAAUUGCACAUCGAUUGAGUACCGUUCGAAAUGCAGAUCGUAUUAUCGUUCUCGAAAGUGGACAAAUUGUAGAAGAAGGAAGCCCAGAAGAAUUGCUAGCUAACAGAGAUGGUAAAUUUCAUCGAAUGUAUAACGAUCAGAAGUUCGAUUCUUUAGCUGUUAAUAAAUUAGCAGCGAAUCCACGUGAACGAUCAAAAGUUUCGCUGGCUGCUCAUUUCUCGAUGAUGCCAUCAGACUUUAUUGAUGCCGAAACAUAUCGUCGUGCAUGGGCUCGUUCAUCAUUGGGUGCUCAUAAACGUCUUGGCAAAUCAUAUUCUGUGCUUAGUACAGAUCGUGAAAAAUUAGCUUUACCUGUGAUGUCAAAGAAGCGAAAUCGAAUGGAUACACCGUUCAAGACAAAUAUCAUGCAAGUAGCUAUGGAUGAUAAAGAUUAUGAUGAUCAAAAUUCGCUUCCUGGAAAAACAACCAAUUUCAAUGCUAUUUGGAAUCUGAUCAAAAGUUACAAAGAUGGUUAUUCACAUUUGAGUGUAGCAGUUCCAGUAACCAUACUACGAGGAUUUUUUUUUCUACUUGUUUGUUUCGAAGUUUCAUCUGUACUUGAGAUAGCAUUAGUUUCAAAUGAAGAAACGGCUCAACAGGUAUUUAUCACAGCAGCAGUUUAUACAGCUCUAAUCAUUAUUAAAACAAUGUUCGAGGCAGUUGGGCGUUUAUUUAUUGCACUGUAUGGAAAUGGCUUUUGUGGUUAUUUGCGGAACAAAAUGUUUCGAAAGAUACUAAGACAUGGUGCAGCUUAUUUUGAUGAAGAAGCUAAUACACCUGGAAGAUUGGUUCAUAAAUUGAUGUCUGACACUGCGACACUUAACAGAACACUUGGCGAUAAAUUGGAUUUGCUUCUUCCAGCAGUUAUAUGUUCCACAGUAUCAGUUACUAUUGCAUUACUAAUAAACUGGAAAUUAGCACUCAUUUGCGGUUUUCAAUUUCCAGCUUUUUUCAUCUUUCGUCUGGUCGAAUUACGAGAAACAAGUAAGCGACAGCGACAAAUGGCCGAACAGGAAAAAAAAGCUGCUAAUCUAGCAACCGCUGUAUUAUCAAAUAUGAGUACAAUUAAAGCUUAUACUCUGCAGGAACAUUUCAACAGUAUUUUCUACGAAACGCUGAAACCUCUACAAAAGACGAUGAAAAGACAGUCUUGCAUUAGUUCAUUUGUAUUUGCAUGUCAAUUCUCUUUCACUUAUAUUCUCAUUGCAAUAACGUUACAUUUUGGAAAAGUAAUGAUGUUAAGUAAUGAAAUUACACCGUUUAAUUAUUUGAGGGUGGUAUUAUUGACACAAUUUGGUGCUAAUUUUAUCAGUCAAUUGAUAGCAUCAGUAAAUGAUAUAUCAAAAGCACGCGUAGCAUCAGGAAACAUUCUCAAUGUCAUUAAGGAAACUGCCGUUGACAUGAAUAAUCUAAGCGAUGAGGGACUGCGACCGAAAACCACCGCUCGAUUAAUGCUAAAGAAUGUGGAAUUUCGUUAUCCAUCUCGACCACUUUAUCCUGUACUUCGUAAUCUUACAUUAAAAGUUCGACCAGGUGAUUCAAUAGCUAUCGUUGGUCCAUCAGGUUCUGGGAAAAGUUCUAUCCUAGCACUAUUUCAACGUAUGUAUAGUACAACCAAAGGCGAAGUGCUCAUUGAUAAUUAUAAUGUAAAACAAAUCAAUCCAGCAUACCUAAGACGUGUUGUUGUUUCGGUUGGACAAGAACCAAUUCUCUUUUCAUUUACAAUUCGCGAAAAUAUUGGGUAUGGCCUGCCAGAAGAUGAAGCAACUGAAGAAAAAAUCAUAGAGGCAGCUAAAAUUGCAAAUAUUCAUGACUUUAUCUUAUCAUUGCCACAAGUAAGAAUUAAAAAAAAAUGA